CAACCCCUUCCGCGCAGAGGGGGGACGCGGGAUCCUAGGCCGAUCCAGGCCGGGUUUUGCGGCGGCACGCGCGCGUGCUGAUCCCUCGUCCGCAGUUCAGUGCACGGUUGGCGGCAGUGGGGGCAUCAUGGUGCUGGACGAACUGUGGACCGCGCUCCCUGGCGCCUCCGUGGCUUCCCUGGUCUGUUGCUUGGUGGCAGCGGCCGUGGCCCUGCGCUGGUCAAGUCGUCGGCCGGCACGGGGAGCCGUGGCCCGGGCGCGACAGAAACAGCAGGCAGCCCUGGACACCAUGGAUAAGGCGGCGCAGCGCUUCCGCCUCCAGAACCCUGACCUGGACUCCGAGGCACUGCUGGCCCUGCCCCUGACUCAGCUCGUGCAGAAGUUACACAACGGGGAACUGACCCCAGAGGCUGCACUCUUCACCUAUGUGGGAAAGGCCUGGGAAGUAAACAAAGGGACCAACUGUGUGACCACCUACUUGGCAGACUGUGAGACUCAGCUAUCCCAGGCCCCAAAGCAGGGCCUGCUCUAUGGAGUCCCUGUGAGCCUCAAGGAGUGCUUCAGCUACAAAGGCCAGGACUCAACACUGGGCUUGAGCCUGAACGAGAGCAUGCCCGCAGAGUGUGACAGUGUGGUGGUGCAGGUGCUGAAGUUGCAGGGCGCUGUGCCCUUCGUGCACACCAACAUCCCUCAGUCCAUGUUCAGCUAUGAUUGCAGUAAUCCCCUCUUUGGCCAGACCUUGAACCCACUGAAGUCCUCCAAGAGCCCAGGUGGCUCCUCUGGGGGUGAAGGGGCCCUCAUUGGGGGUGGAGGCUCCCCCCUGGGCUUAGGUACAGACAUCGGAGGCAGUAUCCGCUUUCCCUCCUCCUUCUGUGGCAUCUGUGGCCUCAAGCCCACGGGAAACCGCAUCAGCAAGAGUGGCCUGAAGGGCUGUGUCUAUGGACAGGUAGCAGUGCAGAUGUCAGCCGGCCCCAUGGCUCGGGAUGUGGAAAGCCUAGCGCUGUGCCUGCGAGCCCUACUGUGUGAGGACAUGUUCCGCUUGGACCCUUCCGUGCCCCCCCUGCCCUUUAAGGAGGAGGUCUACGCAAGCUCUCAGCCCCUGCGUGUGGGGUAUUAUGAGACCGACAACUAUACCAUGCCCACCCCGGCCAUGAAGCGGGCCCUGCUGGAGACGAAGAAGAGCCUUGAGGCUGCUGGCCACACGCUGGUUCCCUUCCUGCCAAGCAAUAUACCCUAUGCUCUGGAGAUCCUCGCAACAGGUGGGCUGUUCAGUGAUGGUGGCCACAGCUUCCUACAGAACUUCGAAGGUGAUUUUGUGGACCCCUGCUUGGGAGACCUGAUCUCAGUUCUGAAGAUGCCCAGGUGUUUGAAAGGACUGCUGGCUUUCCUGCUGAAGCCUCUGUUCCCAAGGGUGGCAUCCUUUCUUAGCAGCAUGAAGUCCCGGUCGGCUGGAAAGCUCUGGGAACUGCAAUACGAGAUUGAGGUGUAUCGCAACUCCGUGAUUGCCCAGUGGAGAGCACUGGACCUGGAUGUGCUGCUCACCCCCAUGCUGGGCCCGGCUCUGAACUUGAAUGCUCCCGGCAGGGCCACAGCGGCUGUCAGCUACACUCUGCUCUACAACUGCCUGGACUUCCCAGCGGGGGUAGUGCCUGUCACCACGGUGACCACCGAGGACGAGGCCCAGAUGGAACAUUACAGGGGCUACUUUGGGGAUUUCUGGGACAAGGUGCUACAGAAGGCCGUGAAGAAGAGUGUGGGGCUGCCCGUGGCCGUGCAGUGUGUGGCCCUGCCCUGGCAAGAAGAAUUGUGCCUGCGGUUCAUGCGGGAGGUGGAGCGACUGAUGACCCCUGAAAAGCAGCCAUCCUGACUGCCACUCUCUGGGUUCUGGGGAUCCAAGACCUACUCGAUCUGUGCCCAGCCUAGUCUGGGCACAGCGGCCACCCUGUGAGGAGAUGUUCGGCCUGGGCCAGAGCCUUCCAUGUCCCCCUCCCCCGAUCUUCUACAAGCAGCACAGAGCCCCUGAGUCUGGACCUUGCUCCCUGUUCUGAUUCCCUCCCUCUGCCCUGACAUGCCCACCACAUGGCCAGCAGUGGUAUGAUAUGAGCAAAAGCCUACUAACACUCAAGAAAUGUUUCUAGUCUGUA